CACGAGCUCGCCCCGCCCCUCCCGGUGUAGUGGCCCCGGUGAGCCCGCGACCUCGUGCCCGGGGUGCUAGAGCUCGCGGCCGGCCGCCAUGGGCAAUGGGAUGAACAAGAUCCUGCCGGGCCUUUACAUCGGCAACUUCAAAGAUGCCAGAGAUGCAGAGCAAUUGAGCAAGAAUAAGGUGACACAUAUCCUGUCUGUCCACGACAGCGCCCGGCCGCUGCUGGAGGGAGUUAAAUACCUGUGCAUUCCAGCAGCGGAUUCACCAUCUCAGAACCUGACAAGACAUUUCAAAGAAAGUAUUAAGUUCAUUCACGAGUGCCGACUCCGGGGCGAGGGCUGCCUCGUACACUGCCUGGCCGGCGUCUCCAGGAGCGUGACCCUGGUGAUCGCGUACGUCAUGACCGUCACCGACCUUGGCUGGGAGGACGCCCUGCACACCGUGCGUGCGGGCAGGUCCUGUGCCAACCCCAACCUGGGCUUCCAGAGACAACUCCAGGAAUUUGAGAAGCAUGAAGUCCACCAGUUCCGGCAGUGGCUGAAGGAAGAAUACGGAGAGAGCCCCUUGCGGGAUGUCGAGGAAGCCAGAAGCAUUCUGCGGAAAUACAAGGAGCAGGGGCGGCUGGAGCCCCGGGCCGGCGCGCGGCGGUGGGGCCUGCAGAGCCCGCGCCCCCAGGCCCACGGCAGCCCCGCGACCGAUGCCUAGGGCCCAGCCCUGCACCCCCAGGCCCAUGGCAGCCCCGCGACCGUCACCCAGAGCCCAGCCCUGCACCCCCAGGCCCAUGGCAGCCCCGCGACCGUCACCCAGAGCCCAGCCCUGCACCCUCAGGCCCACGGCAGCCCUGCGACCGAUGCCCAUAGCCUAGCCCUGCACCCCCAGGCCCAUGGCAGCCCCACGACUGUCACCCAGGGCCCAGCCCCACACCCCCAGGCCUACGCAGCCCAUGACCAUGACCCAGAGCCCAGCCCCACACCCCCAGGCCCCAGCCUGCUCCUGCCCUGCCUGGGCCCCACCCCCGUGCACUCCCCAUGCACCUGUGCCCGUGGGAGCCCCGAGUGUGCCCGUUGCUGGAGCAGUCACCACGUCCGCGCUGCCGGGCUCGGGCUCCCCUCCUCUCCCACCAGCCAGGACCCCGUAGUCCAGGGCUGUGCAGCCGGGGCAGCCUGUGACCGGGAGGGGACAGGCCGCAGAGCGUCGGUGGUGCAGCUGGUCCGGGUGCCCGAUGUGGCGCGGAGCUCCGAGCAUCGCCCCAACCGCGGGCGGGUGUCUGGGCUCCGCUGCCUCGAGCAGGCCCCCGGGGUGCCCCAGUGCCCGGCCUGUACCCGGGGUCGCUCUCGGGCCUUGCGGCGCCGGGGGCCUCAGGCGGCACUUGCACGCACCCCAGGGCGCGGGAGGACGCGCACUCCUUAGGCACUGGGUCAGGUCUGCAUUGGAAACACGUUUUAAAAUGCCUGUGCAUCUAGUAAGCACCUCUGUGUACGCUGUGGACCGGGCGUUUGACCUCAGCUACCUCAUUAAAUGUCUGAAAAGCUGUCUCACUCCCGUGA